GUUCAAAGUGCACCUCAUGAUUAUAGAUACCGUUGGCUCGGCAUUUGCUGUCACUUUUCUCGUCCUUACCAGCGACCUCGCAUCAAGAUGUCAUUCGCGGUCUCGGAGAAAGAUUCCAACAAAGAAAGUGGGUCGGAGAUUGUAUACGAUCGCGUCAAGAUAGACAAAUUACCGAAAUUCUCGGACUUAAACAAAGAAGUGAUUGCUUUUGUGAACCAAUGCAGUUGGUGGGAUAGAUAUGGGGUGGACUGGUGCAUCACUUCAAUGGGAUUUAUCAUGGUGUAUGUGGCGCUGAUCUGUAUACAGUCUUCAAAUGUGAUGACUUUUUGUCUCGGUGUGUUCAUGUAUGGGUAUUGCUUUCAGAUGUUUUCUGUGCGCUGUGCUCAUGCGAGUGUGCACAAUGCAGUCUGCGAAUCCCGCUUUAUAAAUCGCUUAUGGGCUUUCUUCUUUGGAGACGUGUGUGCAUCUUUUUCAGCUGAUGUCGGAUAUGAUAUGCAUAUACGUAUACACCACCCGCAUACCAACAUUAUUGGUCUCGGGGAUUCGAGCAGUUGGAAGGUGUCCUUCUUGCCUGCCCUUUUCUACAUGUACUUUGCCCCCCUCCUGCUUCCGUUAUUGUCCAUACCUAUCUCAGUCAAAGAACUCUGGGGCCAGUGGAUGAAAAUGACCAGAUAUGUUCUCCUUAUGCUGACUGGAUUAGUCAUCAACUUCACGCUGCUUAUGAAAGUUUCAGGAUUUUCCUUUAUGGGGGCUUUGUUAUGUAUACUCGUAUCUCGAUCCCUACUGAUGAUACCUUACAUCCAUGUCAAUAUAUUCCAACAUAUCGGACUUCCCAUGUACUCCCGUGACCACCGACCAAAGAAGAUAUACCUGAUGUCUACUGGGGUGUUAAAUCUUCCGCGGAAUCCCAUACUGGACUUUACUUUCGGACAUUGCAUCAUCAGCGCUCACGUGGAACAUCACCUAUUUCCUCACAUGUCAGACAACAUGUGCUUGAUGAUCAAACCCAUCGUGUCCCGAUUUCUAAGAAAAAAUGGACUCCCAUACAAUGAGGACACUUAUUUCAGUCGGAUGUGGCACUUCACGGUGAAAUACAAAGAGUUGAUGGUUAAUGCUCCUCCCAUAACUCACUUUGUUGGGAUUCAAUGAACAAGAGAUGCUUAUUGUUAUUUCAUUGACAUUAUUUGGAGUCACCAUGGUAAGGAGACAACCUUAACCAUCUGUUAACAUGCUUAAGUUUGAAAAACUUUGAUAAUUUUAUUCGCUGGUAUA